UAAUAACGGAAUGACGCUGUGCUUGGUUUCUGUCAUAUACCAACACGGACAAUCCACAUCCAAAUCUAAAGUGUAGAGUGAAAAUAGACCCACAAAACCUGACAACGGACGGUUGUCAAUAUUGGAGCUGCAUCAACAGAUCCAGGAUUUUGAUAUCAAAGGGGAACUCUGGACGUGGCACUGGGCUUUUAUCUUGGGGCUCAUUUUGAGAGGAAUACCUACAGAGCCUUGGCUUGGGGGGAUUACGUGGUGGAUUUGAUCGAGACACCAUGUCAAUCUUGCCCUCUUUCGGAUUCACGCAGGAGCAGGUCGCAUGCGUCUGCGAAGUGCUACAGCAGGGAGGGAACAUGGAGAGGCUCGGACGUUUCCUCUGGUCCCUGCCAGCCUGUGACCACCUCCACAAGAACGAAUCCGUGCUCAAAGCGAAGGCCGUUGUGGCCUUCCAUCGGGGAAAUUUCCGUGAGCUCUUUAAGAUCCUGGAGAGCCACCAGUUCUCUGCUCACAACCACCCUAAACUGCAGCAGCUGUGGCUGAAGGCGCACUACGUGGAGGCGGAAAAGUUGCGGGGCCGCCCGCUCGGGGCUGUGGGCAAAUACCGUGUGCGCAGGAAAUUCCCUUUGCCCCGUACGAUCUGGGACGGUGAGGAGACCAGUUACUGCUUUAAAGAAAAGUCUCGGGGUGUGCUACGUGAAUGGUACACGCACAAUCCGUAUCCAUCUCCACGAGAGAAGAGGGAGCUGGCGGAUGCAACGGGACUGACCACCACGCAGGUCAGCAACUGGUUUAAAAACAGGAGACAGAGAGACCGGGCAGCCGAGGCAAAAGAGAGAGAGAACAGCGAGAACAACGGCCUUGGCGGUAAUAAACAGAACCAGCGGUCCCCGCUCGACGGAGGAAAGUCGCUCAUGUCCAGCUCGGAGGAUGAGUUCUCUCCGCCGCAGAGCCCCGAGCACAACCCCGUGCUUCUGCUGCAGGGGAACAUGAACCAUCCCGGAGCUCCCACAUACCCAAUGCCCGGUCUCGGUGCACAGCAUUCGGUACACAGUAUGCAAGGACAUCCGCACCAGAUCCAGGAUUCGCUGUUGGGAUCUCUGACAUCCAGCCUUGUGGAUUUAGGAUCUUAGUUCACAUUUUAAGAGACAAGACUUGAACACGUUAUGAACGUACGCCUAACAUUACGGUAUUACUGCAUAACCUGUUCUUAUGACGCAGAGGACGUUUGCUGAAAUAAACUAUUCUGUUGCAAAAUGCUUAGAAAAGGGAGAAAAUCAAAAGAGUUUGGGGAAUUUUGAUUACUGGAUAAGUGCGAAAAAAUUGGUAAAACUAGCGAGGGUGACAUUUAAGAAUAUUCACGGUAUUGCCCAACAGUAACCUUAAAUAACUUUUAAUAAUUUAUGAGGUUUUCCUUAAAGAUUAUCUAUAGAAAUUGCUCUGUAUUGGACAGCACGAAGAGCAGGAUUUUUUUCAUGUGAAAAUCACUGCAUCAAACAUCUUUAACUUAACACUAUGAUUGUGGACAACUUUGUUCAUUUUUUUUUUUUUUUGUAUUCAGUUAAGACAAAUGUAUAUGAAGCCACUACAUUUAAUUUCUAUUUCUAAAAAAGAAUGUGGUUCUCCAACACCUCAAGGAUUUAUUUUAUUAACUCUUGAAGUCAUCAUCAUCACGGUUUUGAACAUUUGUCUUUAACAAAAAAUAAAAAUAAAACCGUAGACCUAAUAAUCAAAACAAAACAAUUUUCGGAAAAGUACAAAUAUAUAUAUAUAUAUAUAUAUAUAUAUAUAUAUAUAUAUAUAUAUAUAUAUAUAUAAAGCU